CAACGGACAACAUCCUCGAGCGCAUCCCGUUGCUGUUGUCGGCAGACACCCCAUCUUCGCCAACACACCCCAUCCUCCCUGCUGCAGGCCAUCUGCAAAGAUGUCAAACUAUCACCGCGAUGUCUCCCAAUACAAGUACUCGGCUAUGUCCAACCUGGUUCUCCAGGCGGACCGUCGGUUUGUCACGAGACGGACCGAUGAGCCCACUGGGGAUCCAGAGUCACUCGCGGGGCGCCUGUCCAUCAAGGAUAUGGGCUCUCGUGUAGCUCGCACGACCGCGCCAAAGCCGAAGAAGACAAGUGCUAUGCCAGACGUUGAGCGAGGGAGCAUGCGAGAAGGAGCCGACGUUCUCCAGUUCGUGAAGCAGAAGGGCAAGGCUGAGUCGCGGGGCGGAGGCAUCCUGUCCGGCGCCGAUGCGCUGAUCGAAGGCAUCCGAUACCGACCCCGAACCCAGCCCACCCGCGACGCCUUCAACCUUAUCUUGACCAUCGUGGCGGAGCACCUCGGCGACGUCCCCCAUGAGGUCGUGCGAAGCGCCGCCGACGCGACGCUAGAGUAUCUCAAGGACGACGAUCUGAAGGACUUCGACAAGAAGAAGGAGAUUGACGAUAUAUUGGGCGUCUCCAUGAGUCCCAAGCAGUUCAACGAGCUUGUAAACCUUGGGAAGAAGAUCACGGACUACGAUGCCCAGGACGAAGACGAAGACGUCGAGGAGGUGAAGAGAGCCGGCGAAGACGAGAUCGACGGUCGGCAGGGCGUUGCUGUCAACUUCGAGAACGAGGAAGAUGAUGGCAUGGUGGAUGUCGUCCGGGAUGAAUCGUCGGAAGAUGAGGCGGACCUGGAGGACGAAGAAGACCGUCCAGAACUUCAAGAGGUCGCCGAUGCUGGUGAGGCCGGCCAAGAUCGUGACGAGGAGGAGGCUGGGUUGGGAGACGGCGAUGCCAUGGUGAUUGAGGCGGUGCCGUCCGGAAAAGUUGAGACCCAGGAGAAGAACUACGUCCCGGCCCGGGAUAUUGAUGCAUUUUGGCUGCAACGCCAAAUCGGUCGUCUGUACCCGGACGCUCAUAUUCAGCAUGACAAGACGUUACAGGCCCUCAGAAUCCUAUCCGGAGAGCCCGACGAGCCUGGCGGCGAGGAGAAGCAGCUUCGCGAUAUCGAGAACGACCUGAUGGAGCUCUUCGACUACGAGCACCAUGAGAUCGUGCAGAAGCUGAUCGAGAACCGAGAGAAGGUUGUGUGGCUCACCCGGUUGGCGAGGGCCGAGGAUCGGGAGGAGCGUGAGACGAUUGAGCGGGAGAUGGCCUCGGAAGGACUGCGCUGGAUUCUCGACGAGCUGCAUGGCAAGCCGAAAGAUGACCAGAAGAAACCUAAGAUGGAGAUCAAGAUGGAUAUCGACAAGGACGCUUUCGCAAACGGGCAACCUCAGAAACCGGAGCAGCGCGAGGGCGGGCUGGUGGGAGGACUGCAACCCAAGAAGCUGAUCAACCUGGAAAAUCUUGUGUUUGACCAGGGGAAUCACCUGAUGACCAACCCGAGGGUCAAGCUCCCCGACGGCACGACGAAACGGACCUUCAAGGGAUACGAAGAAAUUCAUGUUCCUCCGCCAAGAAGGCGCACCGAUCCCGGUGAGCAGAACAUCCCGAUCUCCGAGAUGCCGGAGUGGGCGCGGCUGCCCUUCAGCACCACCAAGUCGUUGAACAGGAUCCAAUCCAAGUGCUACCCUGCCGCUUUCGAGGACGACGGCAACAUGCUCGUCUGCGCCCCGACUGGCAGUGGCAAGACCAACGUUGCUAUGCUCGCGAUGCUUCGGGAGAUCGGCAAGAACAGGAAUAGCCGGGGCGAAAUUGAUCUGGAUGCGUUCAAGAUUGUUUACAUCGCCCCCCUGAAAGCCCUCGUCCAGGAGCAAGUUGGCAAUUUUGGAAAAAGGCUGGAGCCGUAUGGCAUCAAGGUCUCGGAGCUCACGGGCGACCGUCAGCUCACCAAACAGCAAAUCUCCGACACCCAGGUCAUCGUGACGACUCCUGAAAAAUGGGACGUCAUCACGAGAAAGGCAACCGACAUCUCCUACACUAACUUGGUCCGCCUCAUCAUCAUCGACGAGAUCCAUCUGCUCCAUGACGAUCGUGGCCCCGUCCUCGAGAGCAUCGUAAGCAGGACUAUCCGGCGAACGGAGCAGACCGGCGAGCCCGUCCGCAUCAUCGGUCUGUCUGCCACGCUGCCUAACUACCGGGAUGUGGCGAGCUUCCUCCGGGUCGAUUUCGACAAGGGCAUGUUCCAUUUUGACGGCUCAUACCGGCCUUGCCCACUGCGGCAAGAGUUCAUCGGCGUCUCUGACAAGAAGGCUAUCAAGCAGCUCAAGACGAUGAAUGAUAUCACCUACCAAAAAGUCCUGGAGCAUGUUGGUCAACAUCGCAACCAGAUGCUGGUGUUUGUCCACUCCCGUAAAGAGACUGCGAAGACAGCAAAGUAUAUCCGGGACAAGGCGCUGGAAAUGGAUACGAUCGGUCAGAUUCUCAAGCACGAUGCUGGCACCCGGGAGGUUUUGAGCGAGGCCGCAAACUCGGUCAACAACACGGAUCUCAAGGAUAUCCUGCCGUAUGGCUUUGGUAUCCAUCACGCCGGCAUGAGCCGAGCCGACAGGACUGAUGUCGAGGAUCUCUUCGCGAGCGGGCAUAUCCAAGUGCUUGUGUGCACAGCGACCCUUGCCUGGGGCGUCAACCUGCCCGCUCACACUGUCAUCAUCAAGGGCACACAAGUCUAUUCCCCGGAGAAGGGCAGCUGGGUCGAGCUAAGCCCCCAAGAUGUUUUGCAAAUGCUCGGCCGAGCGGGUCGCCCACAGUUUGAUACUUACGGUGAGGGCAUCAUCAUCACGACGCAAGGCGAGAUCCCCUACUAUCUGUCGUUGCUCAACCAGCAGCUGCCGAUCGAGAGUCAGCUCGCAAGCAAGCUCGUUGACAGCCUCAACGCCGAAAUCGUCCUUGGCAAUAUCCGGAGCCGCGAUGAAGGCGUCGAGUGGCUCGGGUACACCUACCUCUUCGUCCGGAUGCUUCGUUCUCCGGGGCUUUACAGCGUCGGGCCGGAGUAUGAGGAUGAUGAGGCCUUGGAGCAGAAGCGGGUCGACUUGAUACAUUCCGCUGCGACAGUUCUGAAGAAGUCAAACCUGAUCAAGUACGACGAGAAAACAGGCAGGAUGCAGUCCACCGAGCUUGGGAGGAUCGCCUCCCACUACUAUAUCACCCACGGGUCAAUGGAUAUCUACAACAAGCUGAUCCAGCCGUCGAUGAACGACGUUGAGCUGUUCCGAGUGUUCGCGCAAAGCGCCGAGUUCAAGUACAUCCCAGUCCGUCAGGAGGAGAAGCUUGAGCUCGCGAAACUCCUCGCUCGCGUCCCCAUCCCUGUCAAGGAGAGCAUCGAGGAGCCGACCGCCAAGAUCAACGUCCUUCUGCAAGCCUACAUCUCCCGCUUGAAGCUCGAAGGACUAGCCCUCAUGGCCGAUAUGGUCUACGUCACGCAAUCCGCCGGCCGUAUCCUCCGGGCCAUCUUCGAGAUCACUCUGAAGAAGGGUUGGGCGUCUGUUGCCAAGCUGGCCUUGAACUUGUGCAAGAUGGCCGAGAAACGGAUGUGGCCGACUAUGUCGCCUCUCCGGCAGUUUCCCAACUGUCCGCCCGAGAUUGUGAGGAAGGCGGAGCGGAUAGACGUGGAUUUUAGCAGCUACUUCGACUUGGAUCCUCCCCGCAUGGGCGAGCUGCUUGGCCUACCAAAGGCCGGCAAGACUGUGUGCUCCAUGGUCUCCAAGUUUCCGCGCGUUGAGAUCCAAGCGAAUGUGCAGCCCAUGACAAGGUCCAUGCUGCGUAUCGAGCUUACCAUCACCCCAACCUUCGAGUGGGACGUUGACGUCCAUGGGCUGGCCGAGAGCUUCUGGAUCGUGGUUGAAGACUGCGAUGGCGAAGAUAUCCUCUUCCAUGACCAGUUCAUCCUGCGCAAGGAAUACGCCGAAGCAGAGGCCAAUGAGCACAUUGUCGAGCUCACGGCGCCUAUCUCGGAGCCGAUGCCGCCGAACUACUUCAUCUCGGUCAUCUCUGACCGGUGGAUGCACUCUGAGACUCGCCUGGCCGUGUCGUUUGAGAAACUUAUCUUGCCGGAGCGGUUCCCUCCACACACGGAGCUUCUCGACCUUCAGCCCCUCCCCCCGUCUGCUUUGAAGGCCAAGGACUUUGCUGCUCUGUAUCCGGAUUGGCAGCAAUUCAACAAGGUGCAGACGCAGACUUUCAACUCUCUGUACAAUACAGACAACAAUGUCCUGGUGGCCGCGCCGACUGGCAGCGGCAAGACAGUCUGCGCAGAGUUCGCGUUGCUACGCCACUGGGCAAAACAGGAUCCUGGACGCGCGGUGUACAUCGCUCCCUUCCAAGAACUGGUGGACUUGCGGUUCCAGGACUGGCAAAAACGCUUCUCCAAUCUCCGCGGGGGCAAGGACAUUGUGAAGCUGACGGGAGAGACAACCGGCGACCUGAAGUUGCUCGAGCAGGGAGACCUUAUCCUCGCCACUCCCCUCCAAUGGGAUGUCCUUUCACGGCAGUGGAAGAGGAGGAAGAAUGUUCAGACUGUGGAGCUGUUCAUCGCGGACGACCUGCACAUGCUCGGCGGCCUGAAUGGCUACAUCUACGAGAUCAUCGUGUCCAGGAUGCACUACAUCCGGACGCAGACGGAACUUCCCCUCAGGAUUGUCGGCCUCAGUGUCUCACUCGCCAACGCUCGCGACGUCGGGGAGUGGAUUGACGCCAAGAAGCAUGACAUUUACAAUUUCAGUCCUCAUGUGCGUCCGGUGCCGCUGGAACUUCACAUUCAGUCCUACACGAUUCCGCACUUCCCGUCGCUCAUGCUCGCAAUGGCGAAGCCGACGUAUCUCGCCGUCACUCAGAUGUCAGCCGAUCAGCCGGCCCUCAUAUUUGUGCCAAGUCGGAAGCAGACAAGAGCGACGGCUCGGGACCUCCUCAGCGCAUGCCUGGCGGACGAUGACGAAGACCGUUUCUUGCAUGUCGAGGUGGACCAGAUCCGGAAGCUUCUUGAGCGGGUCCAGGAAGAAGCCCUCGCUGAGGCCCUCUCCCAUGGUGUCGGCUACUAUCACGAAGCCUUGAGCCAGAGCGACAAGCGCAUCGUCAAGCAUCUGUAUAACAACGGCGCCAUCCAAGUUCUGAUCGCUUCCCGCGAUGUAUGCUGGGAGCUCGAUUGCACAGCUCACCUCGUCAUCGUCAUGGGCACCCAGUACUUUGAGGGGAGGGAACACCGCUACGUCGACUAUCCCCUCAGCGAGGUUCUCCAGAUGUUUGGCCGGGCGGUGCAGCCGUCAAAGGAUGGACGGAGCCGUGGGGUUCUGAUGCUUCCAGCCGUGAAGCGGGAGUACUACAAGAAGUUCCUCAACGAGGCUCUGCCGGUGGAGUCGCAUCUUCACAACUUCCUCCAUGAUGCAUUCGUCACGGAGAUUAGCACCAAGAUGAUCGAGUCUGGCGAAGAUGCGAUCAACUGGGCCACGUUUACGUAUUUCUACAGGCGUCUGCUCGCCAAUCCGAGCUACUACAGUCUGACGGAUCCGACGCACGACGGGCUGAGCCAGUAUCUCUCAGACAUGGUGGAGGUGACGUUGAAGGAACUGGCGGACUCAAGGAUCAUCGAGAUGGACGAGGAUGACGGGACGGUCGCGCCGCAAAAUGCAGCGAUGAUCGCGGCCUACUACAACAUCUCGUACACUACGAUGGAGACAUUCCUCCUGUCGCUGUCGCACAAGACGAAGCUGAAGGGCAUCCUCGAGAUCGUGACGUCGGCAACCGAGUUCGAAUCGAUCCAGAUCAGGCGGCACGAGGAAGCCAUCCUCCGGCGCAUCUACGACAACGUGCCAGUCAAGCUGGCAAAGCCUGUCUUGGACUCGCCUCAUUUUAAGGCGUUCGUCUUGGUGCAGGCACAUUUCUCCAGGAUGAGCCUGCCCAUCGAUCUCGCCAAGGACCAGGAGGUCAUCUUGACCAAGAUUCUCAGUCUGUUGAGCGCGGCGGUCGACAUCCUCUCGUCCGAGGGACACCUGAACGCGAUGAACGCGAUGGAAAUGUCGCAGAUGGUGGUGCAGGCCAUGUGGGAUCGCGACAGCCCGCUGAAGCAGAUCCCCCACUUCACGCCCGAGGUGGUUAAGGUGGCGAACAAGUACGGCAUCCGGGACAUCUUCGACUUCAUGGAGAAGAUGAAUCCGGACGAGAACGCCGACUACGGCUCGCUCGUCCGGGAUCUCGGCCUCUCCCAGGCGCAGCUCGCGCAGGCGGCCCACUUCACCAACACCAAGUACCCCGACAUCUCGCUCGAGUUCGAGGUCGAGGAUCAGGACAGCAUCCGGGCGGGCGAGCCUGCGUACCUCAAGAUCCACAUCGAGCGGGAGGUGGAAGAGGGCGAGGAGUUCGACGCGACGGUGCACGCGCCGUUCUACCCGGGCAAGAAGUCCGAGAACUGGUGGCUGGUGGUCGGCGAGGAGAGUUCGCAGACGCUGCUGGCCAUCAAGCGGGUCACCGUCGGCCGGGAGCUCAACCUCAGGCUCGAGUUCACGGUGCCCACGCCCGGCCGGCACGACCUGAAGCUGUUCCUGAUGAGCGACAGCUAUGUGGGUGUCGAUCAGGAGCCCACUUUCUCGGUCAUGGUUGAGGAAGGCAUGGAUGUUGACGAGAGUGGGGAGGAGGAGGAGUGAGGGGAUGAGUAAGGAAAACGGGUUUCAGGCGGGGGAGAGGUGUGAAAACUUGCCGGUGAAGGUAUGGAUGGCAAUAGUUGACCGAGUCUGUCAAGACCGAUUUGGGACAAAGUGUACGGUACCCAGAGGAGUUGGGUGGGACAAUGCAAAGUGGUUUU